AUGCAGUCCACCUUAUGUGGCUCCAUAGCCUAUGUGGCCCCAGAAAUGUUGCAGGAUUGUACCUAUGAUGGCCGAAAAAGCGACGUGUGGAGUUUGGGGGUAUUAUUAUACCGGAUGCUGACAGGGGUGACACCGUUUGAGGGGGACAACAUUACCAAGGUGAAGAGGCAGAUACUAAGUGGAGAUUACCAGGUACCAUCCAUAUUGUCAAAGAGGGUUCAAAAACUUUUAAGAAAAUUACUCACUGUCGACCCUAGCCAAAGACCAACCAUGGAACAGGUGAUGAAAGACCGUUGGCUGAAUAAGGGCCACAAGAAGAUUAUGAAGCCGUACAAGGAGCCUCCAAGGGUUGAGGUGGACCCAGCAAUAGUAAGAACAAUGAGUGACCUCGGCUGUAGUAGGGAAUCCAUCCAGGAUUCAUUAGGACACAGAAAAUUUGACAGUGACAUGGGCACUUAUCUUAUUCUUAGUACAAUGAAAACGAAAAUGCCAGGCCGCCACAUCAAGGUAAAGCCCUUCCGUACCACUUACACCAGUAGCUCCAGUACCACAUGCUCGAGCCAAGAUGUUGGUCAGCCACUUAAUAGAAAGACCAAAAAGCCUUCCAUCCCCCCAAACUGCCUGAGGUUUAGGGUGCCUGCCAAACCCAUCAUAGAAACAAAAGCCGCCUCUUCCUCAGAAUCCACCAUCGAUAACUCCAUCUCAAGCACAGACAAGAUCAAUACCAUUGAGAUCGGAGCCAGCAGCAGCAGCACCACCACCAGUAGCAGUGAGGGAGCCGCCCAUAGAAGCUCCCCGGCCUGGAGGAAGGUGGCUAGGAGGGCCUGCCAGUUUCUUUUAAGGUUCUUUUGCUGUGGGUCAUCCGCCAAAGAGGAACAUCAAAAAGAAACGAAAAUCAAACCAAUAUGA